AUGAAGCACAACAAUAUCAUGAAAUUCCUCGCUGAUCCAUCCAAGCUGGCGGCCAAGUUCGACUGGAAGCGAAAGGCGGGGUCCAUCUUGGCGUUGGACGUGGGCAAGGACAAGAUUGGUUUGGCUGUGGCUUCGCAUCCAGAGAGCGGAGAAUCAGCCCUGGCAUUGGAUCCAAUGCCUCUCAUGCUAGUGACCCGAACGGGCAAUCGGAAAGUCCUGGACGAGUCAGUCAUUCAAGAAUUGCAGGAUGUUGUCGAGACGUUCAAUGUGUGUGGCUUUGUGGUAUCCUGGCCGUUGCAGAAGGAAGGCCGCUGCGGGGCGCCCUGCGGAAAGGUCCUACAUACCCUGGAUUGUCUCGUGGAAGAAAGUUCGUCCAUUGUCAACCAAAAUCGACCCUUUUGCCUCUGGGAUGAUCAUCAUUAUCUUCCGGGAGAAGAUCGAGCCAGCGAAGAACAGUAUGUGCACAAGUGCAGCAGCAGCAUUGCCGUGGAUGUUUGGAACGACUACUGCUCCAAGCACUGGCCUCAGCUUUGUGACGAUGAGGAGCAACUUGACGAGAUCUGGGAUAUCCCCAGAAAUACUUACUCCUGA